AUGAUAGGUGUAGCGCUACUUUGGCCGUGGAACUGCUACUUGUCGGCUUCUGCUUACUAUGGAGACAGAUUCAGCGAUACGCCGGGACUUUCAAAAGCAUUCUCAUCAACGUUCAUGUCGGUGUCAACAAUCACGACGAUGUUGUUCUCCUACUACUUGUCGCAGAAGCAGGAAGGCGUGAACUACCAUAAACGUAUAUUCGUCGGCAUGGUCGUGACGGUGGCGAUCUUUGCGUUUUUGGCAUUGACGUGUUUUGCCGAGUUCUUCAUCUUCAUGAAAGAUUAUACGUUCUUUGCCCUCCUCAUGCUCACGGUUUUGCUCAGUGCUAUGGCCUCCAGUUUGGCCCAAAACGGCGCCUUGGCCUCCGCAAAUGUGCUUGGAAGCAUAUACACCAACGGUGUAAUGGUCGGACAGGCCAUCGCCGGUGCCCUCCGCCGCUUGCCCUCAUUUGCUCCAUCUUGUUAA